CGUCCCUUUUACUUUUCUUUUUUGAAGCUAUGUACUCCGUAUAUGCUCUUCUGUAACAAGAACAGCUGGUCUCUGAUUUGGCGGUUACGUACCGAGUGAGAGUUGCAUUCCAUCCCUCCAAGCCUAUCCCUUUGUGCAUUCAUCUUCUUCGUUCCUAAGGAAUAAGCCAUUCUUGAAGAUAAAGCUUAGCCCUUGGCGUUUUCCCCACUCUUUUUUCCACCAUUUUUGUACAUUUAGAUUCUAGACAAUCAAACCCACCCUCUGUAAAUUUAGACAAUCAUACCCUUUUUGUAAAUUUGUCGAAUUGAAGCGGCAAGGAGACAAGGAAGGAAAAGAGCAUAUCUGCAUAUGGGAUUGUUUGGCACUUUGUUGGGAUUUCUUGGCUGUGCGAUUGGUUUCCCCAUUGGUCUUUUCAUUGGCUUCUACUUCUUUAUCUACUCCCCACCACAAGAGAUUCAGGAACCGAAGGUCAGGCCCAUAUUUGAGCUUGACACUGAUAUAUUGCAAAGUCUUAUUCCUGAGAUUCCACUUUGGGUUAAAAGUCCAGAUUAUGAUCGAGUAGGCUGGUUAAACCAAUUUAUUGUAGAUAUGUGGCCUUUUCUUGACAAGGCCAUUUGUAGCACUAUACGAAUCUCGUGUGAGGCUAUGUUUGCCGAAUUCAUGGAGAAAUAUAAAGUAAAGAAGAUUGAGUUUGAGAAUCUUACCCUUGGAACUCUUCCACCCACAAUUCAAGGUUUGAAAGUGUACGAAACAAACGAGAAGGAAUUAGUGUUAGAACCAUCCAUAAAGUGGGCAGGAAACUCAAGCAUCGUUGUCUCGGUAGUGCUAUUAUCUGCCCGAAUUAGAAUCGAGUUGGUGGAUUUGCAACUUUUUUUGGCGCCACGAGUGACUUUGAAACCCCUUGUGCCAACAUUUCCAUGUUUUGCAAAUAUUGCGAUAUCAUUGAUGGAGAAGCCACACGUUGAUUUUGGAUUUAAAGUUCUUGGUGGAGACUUCAUGGCAAUUCCAGGCCUAUAUCGACUCAUUCAGGAAACUAUCAAAAAACAAGUGGCAAACCUUUACCAUUGGCCCCAAGUUCUUGAAAUACCAGUUCUGUCCCCUACAGUGGUGACCAUAACGAAGCCAGUUGGAAUAUUGCAUGUAAAAGUGGUCCGGGCCGCGAAACUCUUGAAAAAGGACCUGCUAGGAUUAUCUGAUCCAUAUGUCAAAUUAUUCUUGAGCGGAGAUAGCUGUCCCACAAAAAAAAACGUCCAUCAAGAAGAAGACACUGAACCCCGAGUGGAAUGAGACCUUCAAGCUGUCUGUGAAGGAUCCACAAUCCCAACUUCUCUACCUUGAUGUGUUUGAUUGGGACAAGGUCGGUGGACAUGACAAACUCGGGAAACAAGUGUAUCCUUUGAAAAAGCUGCAACCAAACGAGACAAUGGAGGUUACACUCGACUUGUUUAAGACCACAGGUUUAGACAACGAUCCAGGCAAGAAGCAGCAGCAAAGAGGGAAACUUGUGGUUGAAUUGACAUAUGCUCCUUUCCGAGAGGAUAGCAACUGCGGAUUUAAUAGUCCUUUAGGCAGUUUCAGUAUGAAAGAGAACAAUGUUGAAGGAUUGUCAAGUAGGCAUGAUUUUAACUCGAAGGGAGCCGGCCUUCUAAUGGUUACUAUUCUAGGAGCCAAGGACGUCGAGGGCUGUCGUCACAACAAUCCAUAUGUGGAGAUUUUCUUUAGAGGUGAAAAGAGAAAAUCUAAGGUGAUGCGAAAAACGCGUAAUCCACAAUGGGACGAAGACUUCCAGUUCAUGGUUGAAGAGCCUCCCAUGAAGGAGAAGAUUCUCGUUCAGGUCAUGAGUAAAAGGAAAGGCUUUGGCUUUAGAUUCAAGGAAUCACUGGGACACGUUGACAUAAACCUAGAUGACGUGAUCCACAACGGGCGGAUAAAUGAGAAAUACCAUCUUAUAGAUUCAAAGAAUGGAGUCAUACAUGCAGAGUUGCGGUGGAAAACUGUAUGAAUCCAACUAGUAAAUCAUAACUUGUGUACAUUUAUGAUUCAAUGACUACACAACUUUUUUGCACUUGUAGAAGUAUUUUCCCCUUGUGGUAUGAUCAUAUAAUUUUGCAAACCCUAGAUGUAUGAGGGGUGAUCAGGUUAUUAGGCUCUGUUUGAUUGGACUAGACUAGGUCGAAGGUGUUUGAUCUGAUCUGAUUUGGUCUGAACUUUACGCGUAUAUUUAGAACAGGUCUGGUCUGUAUUGUUAAAUCUAGUUUGGUCUAAUUUGGUAUAAUGUAAGUUUUAUUUUAAAGAUAUUUUUUAAUAAGAGCGCAGUACAUUAUUUGUAUAAGUUAUUAA